AUGUCAAAGAAGAGAACUAUAGACUCACUACAAGACGACUCCACCUCCUUCCUCGAGGUGAAGACGGAGGGUGUUGAGGACAUCUCCGCCGAUGGGUUCACCACCAAUGAUGACCUAAUGUCACUGAUGACCUUCUUAGAUAAUGGAUCACAAGCAAGCUUCAUGGUCAAGGCAGAGCCAGGACAACAACAUUCCGCUUAUGCUCCACUUCAUCAGAUGCCAAACUAUCAGCAGCAACAGCCACAGCAGCAGCAACAACAACAACAGCAACAGAAUCUACAGUUACAGCAACAGUAUGCGAAUGGACAACAGCAGCUGUUGGCAUCGCCUGUUCCCCAACAGUACUACACCAAUGGCGCAAACACUGUGGACGACGCACACACCCUGCAUCAACAACAGCUGAUGCUCCAGCAGCAACAACAGCAACAACAACAGAAUGCUGUGCCACAAGUGCUCUCUCCUCCAGCCUACAUUCAGCAGAUUGAUAUCCAACAGCAGCAGCAGCAACAGCAACAGCAACAACACAUGAUGAUCCAACAGCAACAGCAGCAACAACAACAGCAACAGCAGCAGCAGCAACAACAACAACAGUAUCAACAACAAGUUAUGCACUCUCCGCCAAUGCAACCAAUGCAAUCUCCCCCGGUUCAAACUAAUCCAGCACCAUUGCCCAUCCCUCAACAGCAGUCCCCAACCCAAAGUCCCGCACCGCAAGCAGUGGUACUCAACAACAACAACAACCACAACCAGUACAGCCACAACAACAACAGCCUCAGAUACCGCUGCCUCCACAUCUACUAG